CCCGGCCCCUGCAGGCUGAGGGGAGAGACCAGGAGGGAGAGGAGGCCUGGCCCUUCCAGUGAAUAGAGCUUCUGGGGCCAUGGAGCAGUGAGGCUGCCAACCUCAGCCCCCUGCCCCAGCUUCCUGGAGAGAAUGCCCAAAGGGAGACGCUUCAACCCUCCGCCAGACAAGGACGGAAGAUGGUUCCCUCACGUUGGACUAACGCAGACGACACCAGAGUCCCUCACUAGUGCUACUUUGAAAGAGCCUCAUUAUCCACACUCAUCUGGACGAGUGGAGGGGAAGCUGCCACCCAUAUACAAAGUCCGGGAGAAGCAAGCAGCGAAGGACAACUUCCCCUUCUCUGUGCAUGACAAUCGUCACAGUCUUGAGAACUCUGGAUACUACUUUGACUCUGGCUUGGGACGUAAGAAGAUUCCCCCAGAUAAAAGUCAACAGGUUUCUAGAAAUUUCAAUCUCUGGGCAAGUGACUAUGUUCCAUCUUGUCUCGAUGGCUUUUCAAAUAACCAAAUAUCCUAUGUCUAUAAGGAGGCCAUGAUGGUCCCCAACUUCAGACGCUUUCCAAGACGAUACAACGAGCUGUGGAGCUGCUUCACGUUCGUUCCCUAGAGAAGCUACACAGAGUUUUUGAAAAAGAAGCCAAAGGAAAGUUCUCUUUUGACCAAAGUGCAGCCCUUCCGCGGGAACCCCAGUCUUCCCAGAAGACUCAUGAGGAGUUUUGUGAUGUUACCAUUUAACCAGUCAUUCUAAAAGCAUAUGCCUUCUGAUCCAGUGCUACCCUUUGGUCUUUGAAAUAGUUUCAUGUUUUUUAAUAAGGUUGGAAAAAUAUUCAGAUCCUUAUAAAAUAAGAUGUGCAGUUAUAUAAAUAAACUUUUAAAAUUGUCCCAUUUACUUUUUGGGGGAACUUGAGAAAUUAA